AUGUCGAACCCUGUAAUCAGCUCCAUGACAUUUGUUCAGACCCACAAACCAUCUGGCAGCACCUCCCAUAAAUUUGAUGAGGAGGAGCAGUUCCACGUGGACUUCGACAGGAAGAAUACAGUCUGGCAGCUUCCUGAGUUUGGCCACAUCUGUUUCCAUGCACAGGUUGGACUAGGCAACAUUGCUGCAGACAUGGCUAACUUGAGCCAACUUGUCAGGCAAACCAGCCACACCCAAGCCACCAUCGUGACUCCAGAGGUGACAGUGUUUCCCAAGGAGCCCAUGGAGCUAGAAGAACCCGGCAUCCUCAUCUGCCACACUGAUAAGUUCUCACCCCUAGUGGUCAAUAUCAUGUGGCUGUGCAAUGGAAAGCCAGUCACCACAGGGGUGUCCGAGACCACCUUCCUGCCUCAGGAUGACUAUUCUUUCCACAAGUUCCGUUACCUCGCUUUCCUGCUCUCAGCUGAUGAUGUCUGUGACUGUGUAGUUGAACACUGGGGCCUGGAAAAGCCACUUUCCAAGCACUGGGAUAUGAAACCUCAGAUGCUAACACCACCAUCUGAGACAAUGGAGAUGCUCAUCUGUAUUCUAGGACUGGCUGUGGGCCUGGUGGGCAUCUUUGUGGCUGCCACCCUCAUCAUCAGAGGCUUGUGCUCAAGCAAAUGA